GUUGUGGCGUUCGUCUUGAUCGCGAUGGCGGAUCGGAAUCCUGGAUUUUUGGCACCGAAAAUAGUUGCGCGGGCGCGCGGCGGAACAGCGAGGGCGGCCGCGGCGCAGUGCGUGUCGCUCCGCCGUGUGAACAGCUCGCUCGUGAGGCCAGUAACUGGCGUAUUUUUGACCGGACCGUAAAGACACAAAACCGCCACCAUGGACGCGAUCAAGAAGAAGAUGCAGGCGAUGAAGCUGGAGAAGGACAACGCCAUGGACAAGGCCGACACCUGCGAGCAGCAGGCCCGGGACGCCAACCUCCGCGCCGAAAAGGUCAACGAGGAAGUCCGCGAACUCCAGAAGAAGCUGGCCCAGGUGGAAGAGGACCUCACACUCAACAAGAACAAGCUGGAACAGGCCAACAAGGACCUGGAAGAGAAGGAGAAGUUGUUGGCCUCCACAGAGGCGGAGGUCGCCGCCCUCAACAGGAAGGUACAGCAGAUUGAGGAAGACCUGGAGAAGUCGGAGGAGAGGUCCGGCACGGCCCAGCAGAAACUGCUCGAGGCGCAGCAGUCCGCUGAUGAAAACAACCGUAUGUGCAAAGUAUUGGAGAACAGAGCCCAGCAAGAUGAGGAGCGUAUGGACCAGCUCACCAACCAGCUGAAGGAGGCGCGUCUGCUCGCUGAAGACGCCGACGGCAAGUCUGACGAGGUAUCACGCAAGCUGGCCUUCGUUGAAGACGAGUUGGAAGUAGCUGAGGACCGAGUCAAGUCUGGAGACGCCAAGAUCUCAGAACUUGAAGAAGAAUUAAAGGUCGUAGGAAACUCGUUAAAAUCCCUGGAGGUGUCCGAGGAGAAGGCGAACCAGCGCGUGGAGGAGUUCAAGAAGCAGCUGAAGACCCUCACUAGCAAGCUGAAGGAGGCCGAGGCCCGUGCUGAGUUCGCUGAGAAGACUGUCAAGAAACUGCAAAAGGAGGUCGACAGGCUUGAAGAUGAGCUGGGCAUCAAUAAGGACCGGUACAAGAGCUUGGCUGACGAGAUGGACUCCACCUUCGCUGAGCUGGCUGGAUAUUAAACCUCAACUCCGUAGUCUAAAACCACUGACAUAGGUCUAGCUAGAUACCGUAAAGCUUGUAGCCAUGCGCCGAAAAGGGCUACUCAGCUAUGAGUAACCUCCCCUGUACCGCUUUCGGUGGGAACAGAGAAGAUCCAGAGACUAAGUCACGAUAGGUGACAAGUUUUUUCGCUUAAAAUCAAAAGGCCGUUUCUCUUACAAUGACCAAUUUUUUUUUGGUAGAAGUACGGACACAGCUCUAUACAGCUCAUUGUAAAAUGAAACAGUUUCGUAAAGAGGUACAUUUGUGACGAGGUCUAGCUAGAUGUAUGUCUGUAUGGACCUAUACACAUUCACACACAUACAUUCACACAAACAUCGAAUACCACAAACACCAACGCAGUGACACUCUACAGAGACACAAAAACCUUAGUACACGUGAUGUAAUGAUAUUUAUUAAUAUUUUAUGUAAAUUUAUUUACGAUUUUCAAUAAAAUUAAUUUAUAACAUC